AUGGAGUUUGCGAUAAUAAUAAAUGAUUAUCAAAAUUAUUAAAAUAAAUGUUAAUUAUAACAAAAAAAUUAAGAAUUGUUCUAAAAUAGCAUCAUUACAAGUGUAAUAAUUUUUCGACAAAAAAAGUAAAACCUUAAAAAAUUAAGUUUAUAAAUAUUUUUUAUCAAAUAUUAACUUAUAAUCAAAGUUUUGAAUAAAUAUAUUAAAAUUGUUUAAUCAAAAGUUACUAAGUUAAUAUUUAACGAAUAUAUUUAAGCUAUUUAUUGA